AUGUCCGGCCGACGACGCGGCGACAGAGAAGAGAGGUCACUGCGGCGGGCAGCUUCGCAUCGCCCCGACUCGUCUGCCAUUUCCUCCUUCUCGUCCUUGGCUGCAACGGGCACAACGCGCACGCUCAGACACAGGAAGAAGCCACUCUCACCCCCCAACCAUGCACGGCGUCCUGGCGAGCUGCUAGACGAAGUCGACUCGGACUCGUCUGCCCCUACGCCGCCCGCUUCCUCCAUCUUGUCCGCGCCUUCCACCAUGUCGCGCUCUGGCCACAAGCAUUCCCUCCACGCCCUCACGCCCUUGACCAGCUCAGACUCGUCUCCACCAGGCAAGCUGCCCAGUCCACGCGCUUCCAAGCUCUCGUACGAGACGACCAUGCACGCAACCGCCCCCGCUGCACACGCGGCGCCAGCGAGCGCGCCCAACAAUGUCGCUGUCGCCGUCGCCGUCACCAUGGCCGACACCAUCACCCCCAUAAAUACGCCGCCCGAGACGCGGCGCUCCGUCUUCCCACCCGACGGUGUCCUGGGCCAGCGCGCCACCUACGACGCCCAACUUGACCCCAAACUCGACAGGCGGGCGAGAGCGAAAGGGACGGCCAAAUAUACUACAAUACUGGACAAGGGCGACCCGUCCCCCCCUCCAGAUCCGCGCCUGGCCAUUGCCGGCUACACGACGGGGAACUAUGUCAUUAAGACAUCCUUCACAGGUGCCCCCAAGUCGAAGCUCCGCCUAGCCCCUUAUGUCGCAAAGCCCUACUCGUUCGACCACCGCAUAUCCUGCGGCCCGGGUCCAGCCACCCAAGUCGUUGUCACGGGAUUUGAUCCCUUGACCCCCGAUGUGCAAUUGCGUGCCUUCUUCUCCACCUACGGCGACGUCGACACUCUGCGCAACCAGGUCCAUCCUGAUAAUGGCAGCCCGCUUGGCAUAUGCUUGGUCAAGUUUCGCGACACUCCUCCCAUGCGCGGCACCGACGCCAUGAAAGCCACCACGUCCGCAAAGCGAGCCGAGCGAGAAGGCACCGGUCAGCGCCUUGCACAGCACAUAAUCAAAGUCCAAUCCGACCGUGAGGGACGCAGAUGCGCAAAGCUCGUAGACAUGGCUGUGCAGCAAAGCCGCAAGGAAGAGGAGAAGUUGCGGGCCAAAUACGCUGCGAAAGCGGCAAGCAUUGCGCCUCCAACUGGUCCUGCAAAUUUCGACCUGCCAGCCAAUGUUCCCAAAGGCCCUUCUGGGAAAGGCGCCCGCCCGCUGAUAGCCAUGCCUCGAGAACCAUUGACACGAAAGGCUGCGCUGUCCUACCUAAUUGAACGCGAGCCCAUAAAACCGACGCUCAAGCGCAAGCCGUACAUCUUCAUCGCACACGCAUACGUAACUGUCCUCGCCACCACGGUAGAGCAUCUCAAGAAGCGGCUAAAGAACUUCCGGUGGAACGCUGUGCGAUGCGACCAGACCGGUUACUAUGUGACCUUUGAAGAAUCCAAGCGCGGCGAGGAGGAGACAGUUCGAUGCUACAAGGAGUGCCAUAUGCAGGCCUUGUUCACUUAUGUCAUGAACAUGGAGUGCAAUCAAUAUGGCGACCCCAACUACGAGCGAAGUCCGAGCCCGGAACGCGUAGUAGCAGACAAGAAGCGCAAGGCUAUAGAGGAGCGGAUAGCACAGGAAGAGGCAGAAGAUCUGGCAUUAGAGAAGCAACAACGCGCCGACUCGCUGGACCCUGUAUAUGCAGCUGUUGACUUUGUGCGACAGGAAUUACUGGAGAAGCUUCUUGGGGAGAUCAAGACAAAAUUAGCCGCCCCCACCAUAUUGGAGCUGCUGGAUCCCGAGCUCCAUGUCGAGAAGCGCCGGCGACUCAAUAUCCCGGCUCCACCCAAGAAGGACGAGGAUGUGCGGCCGCCUGCGCUUCUCGCCCCAGGCUUCGACACAUUCGGCGCCGGUACGCCCAAGGGCCGCAAUGGAGGUUUCGGUGCUCGUGGCGGCCGGAGAGGAUUAGGCGCAUGGGAUCCGAGUACCAGGCGUGGAAAGAAACCUCCCAGGAUUGUCAAUGCAUUUGUGGAUGAACGAAGAAAGGCAUCCGCGCCGAAGCCUCGUGUGGCUCGUGGCCUCCAUAGACAGAUGAUUGAAAUGUUUGAGCCUGAGGAGUCCGACGACGAGAGCCGCAGCCAGUUGACACGCGGCACAGAAGAACAGGAGAGUCGGCCCAUCAGUCGUGCUCCUUCUACUGAUGUCGAGGAGGAGGAAGAGGAAGAGGAAGAGUCAUCAAGAGCUCAUCGCGCCAAGCGGCGCCGUAUCGAGACUGGAUGGGGUGAAGACAGUGACGAGGAAAUGGACGACUCCCACGCGAGGAGUCUGCUUGCUCAUUGUAUACACAAGGACCCUGAGAACAUGGCAGAGAAAGAGCUGGAACAAGUGCUUGCCAUUCUUCCUCGUUCCUCGCCCAUCUGGAAAAAGGCAGACAAAGCGCUCAAGGGUUUCAGAAGAUUGCGGAAGAUCGAGCAAGAAGCAGACGCAAUCUUCAACAUUACAGCAAGUCCAGCCGACAAACUUGAGCCUGAAGUCGUUAUUACACAAGACGAUGAAGCGCUCAAGCCGAUUGAAACUACUGAGCUUCCCGAGUCGCUGAAAACGCUCAAGAAGAAGGCGCCGCCUAAGAACAAGAAGAAGACCAAGAAGCAGAUUGAAGAGGAGGCCAAGGCUGCACAGGCACAGGCGGUGGGAACUGAGACACUUGUUGAGAAAGAGGUUGCCGAAGUCGCAGAGGUCAAGGUCAUGGAAGACGAGAUUGCUGCAGAGACGAGCAAGGACGAUCGCGGUUCUGUUAAUUGGGGAGUAUCUUCCGAUGAGCCUCGCAAGACUGUGGAAGACGAUCUGAGUGUGGUCAUGGACAUUGACGGAUGGCAACACAUGCUCAAGGAUGAUGAGGACCUGCGUCAUCUCAAGGUCGCGCUGGAGUCGACUGCCCCUGCGAGGAUUGGAGACGCACAAUCUUGGGCCUGGAAACAAAAGUCAAUCAAGCAUCUCAACCGCAACGGUCAAGAGGGUGUCUCCCGCACAGAGACCAAGAUCGAAGGGUACUAUGUACCCAACUCGACUGGCUCGGCGCGCACAGAAGGUGUCAAGAAGAUUCGGGAAUCCGAAAAGUCAAAGUAUCUGCCUCAUCGCAUUCGCGUCCAAAAGGAGCGCGAAGAGCGUCAACGCCAGGCAAAGCAGGAAGAGCGAAGCGUCGUCUCGGUCGAGGGGUUCAAGUUUCAGACAAGUUCCAAUAAGACUUCGACGGCAAACUCGCGUGCUAACCGCGCCAACAACCGCCGUAUGGUCAAUGACAUCAACAUCUCCAAGAACAUGUCCGGUGCCGAAGGCGACGCCUUGCGCUUCAACCAACUCAAGAAGCGUAAGAAGCUGGUGAAAUUCGACCGCUCCGCGAUUCACAACUGGGGUCUGUAUGCCCAAGAACCCAUCGCUGUCAACGAUAUGAUUAUUGAAUACGUGGGCGAAAAGGUGCGCCAGCGUGUUGCCGACCUGCGAGAAGCAAAGUACGAUAUGCAGGGCGUAGGAUCGAGUUAUCUGUUCCGCAUUGACGAGGAUACGGUAAUUGAUGCGACAAAGAUGGGCGGCAUCGCCCGCUUCAUCAAUCACUCUUGCACGCCAAACUGCACCGCCAAGAUCAUUCGUGUGGACAACACGAAGCGUAUUGUCAUCUACGCAUUGCGGGACAUCAACUCUGACGAGGAACUCACAUACGACUACAAAUUCGAACGUGAAAUGGAUGCCACGGAUCGGAUUCCGUGUCUUUGUGGAUCUAUUGGAUGCAAGGGCUUCCUUAACUGA